AUGGAAUGUUUUUGGUCCGAUUUGAGUAAACAUCCUCAAUGUCCACAUGGACCAACAUUAUUAUUUGGCACAUAUGAAAAUGGCAAAUUAGAAAAAUUUUAUGUGUGUUCUGCUUGUCGCGAGAGAAAAACAUGCAAAUUUUACUUGAAAGAAGGAGAAAAACUGACAAAGCAACAAGCAGCUAAAUGGGAACAACAGAAAAAACAAUUUAUAUCUCGUUAUCGUCAUAGAUCAUUAUAUGUACAUUUUAAUGAUAUAAUGUCUAUAACUCCAGACAAUAGAUGCUAUUGUCACACUUGUGAACAAUUGAUAUCCAAAAUUGAAAAAGAUGUGAUGAACAAACAUAAAAAUCAUGAUAUAAAAGAAAAUCUUACAGAUUAUGAGAUGAAACAUCCAACAGAAAUUUUAAAACCUAUAGAAAAUUCUAAACAGGAAGCUCAAUAUUUCUUCACAAAGCAAACAACGGAAGAUAUAGUGAAUAUACUUGUAAAAUUAGGAGCAACACAGAUUCUUUGUAUAGGUACUCCAAAGAUUCAUGAAUAUAUUCUAGAAAAUUAUGAAGAUACAAUAUCUUCACUCUUAUUAGAUUUUGAUGGAAGAUUUCAUAAUUUUUUUGGACCAUUAAGUUAUUGUUGGUAUAAUCUAUUGAAUAAUCAUUUUUUUAAUGAAAGUGCCAUUCAUGUGUUUAAAGAUUUUCUUAUGCAAAAUGAGGGGAAACAUACCUAUUUGAUCUGUGAUCCACCAUUUGGUAGUCGAGUGGAACCAAUAUCUUGGACCAUAAAAAAAAUUUCUGAAUUUCAUAAGAAAUGGAAUAAUAUAGAAAAUGAAAAUGAUUGUUUAAAAAUUAUGUUUGUAUUUCCAUAUUUUAUGGAAUCUAUAAUGAAACAAAAGAGUAAUCCUCCUGGUAUAUCAGGAGGUUUGAAAGAUUUGAGCAUGACUGAUUACAAAGUAGCUUAUGAUAAUCAUCCAUUAUUUUUAAAUGAUUCCAAUGGUACUAAAUUGCCAUCACCUAUUAGAAUUUUUACAAAUAUACCAUUAAAUUUAGUCGAACUUCCGAAAUCGAAUGGCUAUAGAUAUUGUAAAAAAUGUCAAAAAUGGGUUGGUAAAGAAAAUAAGCAUUGUAAAAGAUGUCAAGAGUGUACCUCGAAAAAUGGUCUUACAUAUAAACACUGUGAUAUAUGCAAACGAUGUGUGAAACCUUACUGGAAGCAUUGCGAAACUUGUAAAAGAUGUAUUGUGGCAAAACAUUUAUGCGGCCGAAAGCCCAAGGUUACUGGAAAAUGUUUUAAAUGUAACGAAAUUGGUCAUACCGAAAGGGAAUGCAAUAUAAACGAAGAAAUUCAAACAGAGAAGACAACAAAAAUUAAAAAACGCAAAGUUAUUAAUGAAAAAGUAAUGAUUAACAACAUAAAAAAGAAAAAGAUAGAUGAUUCACAAGAAUUUGAAAAUGAAAACCAAACAUCGAUAACAAAAAGUAUUAAAAAAACAUCAAACAAAUUGGAUAUAAAAAAAAAAAAAGAAAAGAUAACAGAACUCAAACUGAAAACUUUGAAAAAACCUAAACUUUUAAAAAUAAGUAAAAAAGUGAAAUUACAUAAUCAAUCAAAUGGAAUAGUAAAUACAAAAAAAAAAGUGAAAAAACAAGAAACGUAAUAUAAUUGUUAUAAACAAAGAUUAUAAAUCGUUUCUG